AUGGCGGCACAUCUCCCUAUUGAUUAUCAGCAGCUAAGCAAUGACCUUCAGACCUUUUUUCAAGAACAUCCAGAGGUGGAUGGCAGUGUUGGAAUAGAAGCCUAUGCACUUCUUCAACGGACACAACAUGGCCUUGCUCAGUAUGCAACGGACUUACAGGAGGUGGAGAGGGAGGCUGGAAAUGCAAGGGAAAUGUUUGAACGAGAUCUAGCCGCUGCCAGGGCCCACCGAGUUGCUGUUGAAGUGGUUGCCCCUGAUGAAGAACCAAUCGGAGAAGAUAAUGCCCCACCGACCCUGAAGUGUUUAGGGGAGAUCGCGAUCGAGAAAGACUACACCUAUUCAAGCAACAGAUGA